AUGCCGAGCAUAGAGUCCUUUUAUGGUAGGAUGGAGAAUGAGUCAGAUUGCCUCGUUCUGAUAGACCUGGCCAGAAGAGGCCUUAUGCCAAGGGUCCAACGUAGGCUCACGCCCAGAGAAAGAAAGCAGAUCCGCCACGGAAGCAUAUUUGUAUACUGCGAGGAAGAAAGUACAAUCAGAAGAUGGACAGACAACAUGGCCUGGUCUCCAUCGAGAGUCCAAGGCGUCUUUCUCAUGUACAAGCAACUUCUGGCAGGCAGUCCUCUGAUAAAGAAGACAUAUUCUGCAGUAUGUGGAGACAGAAACUUUCAUGUCGUGGGAUAUCUUCAGGCGGAUUUCUCGGGCGACGAACUUCCGCCUGUGUCCAUCCUUUAUAGAGGUGUUGGCUUCCCGACAGACAUCAGAAUAAAGAAGAGACUUAGCUUUCAGCAAGGAAGAUGCUACAAAAGUAAAGUCGAGAAUAUCGAGCUUGCGGAGCCUACUGAGGGCUUCCAGUUUGAUGCUUAUUGGUAUUAA